CGGGGAAUGUUCCUUAUUCUGGAACUUCCCUCAUGCCAUUCUGUGCCUUAUAUUUUCACUGAUCCUCGGGCGUUUUUAAGCGAAUGUCCCCUUAUUAAAAGAGAGAGAAAACCACCAAAGCCCCUAGAUUCUCAGCCGCUGCCUCAAGAUAAGCAGGCGCCGGCUGGGAAAGGGAAGCGGCGUUUUAAGAAUUGCACAUAAGUUGCCUCGUUUUGCUGAUUAAAGGCGGCUGUGUGAUUCUUGCCCUAAUAUCGAAAGGGGCGAGAUUGGGAAAGAAGAGGCGGGAAGGCUGAGUUCUUUUCCCUUCAGCGCCCAGCGUGAAUCCACUCCGCUCAGAGAUGCGAGCGGGCCGCUUGGCUUUUGCAGGCGCGCGGGAAAGCGCUGAGGGAAAACCGCCCGGAGGGAGAUCCGCCCCCCUCGGUGGGGCUGCUUAGCAGGAAGCGGCUUUUCCCGCGCGCUGACACUCGCGGGCGCUUCUGCGCUUAAAACUCCCUGGCCAACGGCUCCUUGGCACCCCUUCGGCGAGCGCUGCUCAUAAUGCAGUGCUGAUGAUGGAGGGGAAAAGGCGGGAAUCUGCGGAGGGGGAAGCUGAAACAGCUACCAAGAUGAAAAUUGGCCCAGGACAAAUAGAUGUCUCUACAGAGAUCAAAUACUACCAAUCUGAAAGUUUAACUGUACCUAUGGAAAGUCAUAUAACUUUUAGUAGAAUUUCAAGAAUAGAUAAUGGACUUGUGAAGACCUUUAAUUCCGAAAUUCAUAGUCCAAAGAAUGAUUUAAUUAAUAAACCAGUUGAAGAAGAAUUCUAUUCCAGUCAAGACACCUAUUUAAGUUCUAUGGCUGAAGCUGCACUGAAUCGUGGGAAACAUACUCUGAAUAGAGAAAAGGAACAUGCAAUGUUUGAAGUUAAAAUGCAGCCAUGUACACAAGAGUUUUGUGAUGAAGUCCUUGGAAAAUAUCAGAAAUUACCAGAAGCAACUCUUUCAGAAGUGACAACAUGUGCAUAUUUACCACAAUUGCAACUGUGCUCACAGAAUAUCAAUUUUCCAUCUUCCAUAAUGACAGAACAUAGAGGUUCCAUGCUAUCUCUUGGCACCAGUACUGCUGAUGGAGCAGUCAAUACAAAUGUAGAAAUGAUACCAGUAUUAAAAACAAUAACUUCAACUGCAGAUGCAAAGAACUGUGUUUCUUGUGACCAAAUCAAAGGAAUUAUUAAUAGUUCUGCAAUGUCACAAGCCAUACCAGAGUGUUCUGGUGAAUCAUGCAACGGUAUCACUGUUUUAUCUCAGGAUACUGCUGCUGUUUGUGAUGAGAUUGCUGAGGUCAGAGAAGCAGUUGUUAGCAUUACAGCUAAUAAUUCAGAUGAAGCAGUUUUUCAAAAUUCAAAUGGUGAAGAAAUCAGCCAUAACCUAGCAGCUUCACAAAAUGCAAUGGAGGAACCUACCUGUUCACAAAGAAAUUAUGCCAGUCCUCAAGUGAUCAUCUGCCAGUUGAAGGGUGGUACUCAUAUACUUUGUAUAAACAAUACAGACACAAGAGAAUUAAAAGCAGUUCAUUUGGUCCCCCAGUAUCAAGACCAGCCUAAGUAUCCUCAGACAGAUGCAAGUAAUUCUGUAACAUCUGUACUGGGACAGUUUUUACCAGUUGGAGGUAAACUGAAUGUCUGUGCACAAGAGCUUGAUAAUGGAUCCAUAUAUACAUGCCAUUCAGAUAAAAAUCUUCAAGAGCCAACAAAACUGACCUUAGUUGGGUUACCUUGCAGCUCCUGGGAUACAAAGUCAAAAAAGCCAUGCAACUGCACUAAAUCACAGUGUCUCAAAUUAUACUGUGAUUGCUUUGCCAAUGGUGAUUUCUGCAGUAACUGCAACUGCAAUAAUUGUUAUAACAAUCCACAACAUGAACUAGAGAGGAUUAAGGCAAUUAAGGCUUGUCUUGACAGAAAUCCAGAAGCUUUCCUGCCAAAGAUUGGAAAAGGGAAACUAGGAGAUAUCAAGCCCAGACAUAACAAAGGAUGUAAUUGUAAGCGGUCAGGGUGCCUAAAAAAUUACUGUGAAUGCUUUGAGGUACAACAGCCUUGUCUUUUGCAUCUGCACUAGAAGAAAGGUAAAUGGAAAUAUGCUGGCAAAAUGAAGAAAGCAUUUCCUAUUCCGCCAUGCAGGUAUGAUAUAUUUUACAAAGCAGUAUGCGAGGGUUGUACAAGAAACCAAAGAUGCUUCUUUGAUGGUUGAAGUGAUGAGUACCAGUAUAUCUUAUUUAUUUUUUAGUUAUUUAACAAAAUCUGUAUCCCUCUUAACUGUAAAUACAACUCAGCUGUUUACAAAGAAUACAAGAUGCACAUUCAAUUUGUCAAUGGAAUCAACUUUAGGAGAACCCAGAAAAAGGUCCUUUCUUAUGGCACCUGAAGGUAAAUGUGAUACACAUGAGUAUUAAAGGUAGGAGCAGCAAAUCCAAGACAGAUAUUAAGAGCAGAUUCAUGGAUGAGUCCCAUACAAGACUUUUAUAGGUCAAACCCAGUGCUUCAAAUUGUUUCUGGAAACAAGUUUGAUACUUGAAUUGUGCCUAUGGAAAUAAUUAAGCUUUUUUUUUUAAAAAAAUGCUAGCCAGUGUCAGUCAAUCUGGGUCCAUAUUCUAAACUAAAUGGCAUUUCUUAGUAUUCUUCAAAGAGAACUCCACAUACAACUAGGAGUUGUGAAAUAUAGUUUAUCACACUAUAAUAUUCUUUGUAGCAAUUACCAAUGAUCUUGGAAGCAUGCUUCCAAGG